GUUAUUACAGAUUUGUUUGUUUCGCGCCAUCUCAAGUAAAACAAGGAGCCACGAGAGAGAAGUCGGCCUACAACAGAAAGAGAAAGGAAAGAAAAUGUGGAAUCAGGGAGGUUAUCAAGACCAAGGACAGGGAGGUUUUUCUUCUCCUGGAGGAUUUGGGACACCACAAGGCACACAGGGAGACCGGAAGAGUCGCAACCGGGCACAGAACAUACUGCCAUGCACAACAGCUGAGAUUUUGAGUGCAAACCAGAACGAUGACAAAUUCUACUCGGGAGAGAUAGAGUUAUCACAGAUCACCAUUGUAGGGCUAAUCAUUGCUGUAAAGGAGUCACCAACAAGAAUAGAUUAUGAGGUGGAUGACAUGACAGGACCGCCUCUUGAAGUUAAACAGUUUGUUGAUAAUGAUGAAAGUGUCCCUGAGACGGAGAGGAUAGCAGCAUUGAGAGAAAACACGUAUGUUAGAGUGUAUGGAACAGUCAGAUCAUUUGGAGGAAAGAGAAAUGUUACAGCUUUUAAAAUGGUACCAGUUAUGGACAUGAAUGAAGUGACCUAUCACAUGCUAGAGGUCACCCACAGCCAUCUGGCAUUAUCGAAACAGAGUAUGUCUUCAGGAGCCCCCAUGAACAAAACGGCAGCAGACGACAUCUAUAGCAAUCAGGAUAGUGGCAUGGUUAGUGGUUUGAACCAGGUCCAAAACCAGGUCCACUCCAUCAUUCAGAGCAAUAUGUCAGACGAAGGUGCCAGUAUUGAAAAUGUUUGUAAGCAGUUGGGAGGUGUUCCUGAAAGAUCUGUUAGGGAGGCAGUAGAAUUUUUGAGCAGUGAAGGUCACAUUUACUCCACAAUAGACGAAGACCAUUACAAGGCAACUGACAGUUGAAAUCUGAAGAGAAAUUGUUGUGUUACAGAAACUAGAACUGAACCAGCAUUCAGCUUUCCUGUUUACAGAAUGUAUCGUUAAUCUGAAACAUGGUUUUAAUGCAUUAAGUACUAGAGUGGUAAAAUGUACAUUGUGGGAAGGUAAUUAUGUUGUAUAGUAGAAACUUGGUACAGUCAGUAUAACUGUUAUUAUACACACAUGUAAAGAAGCCAGGGCUCUCUAGUAUCGACUCUGGGAGUUAAUUGUUAUCUCUCUGAUUGUUCAUGUUUUCUUGGACAUGAAACAAAAACUUAUUUUUUUGGAAUCUGUGGUUUACUUUUUGAUAUGAUGGAGGAGCAAUAAUUAAAGUUCUAGAUAACAACACAUUCAUUGCAACACACUGAUACACUGUCUAUCAUUAUGAAAAAACGAACUAGACAAACCAGUUAACCCUAUAUUAAGGGCAGAUGAUACAAACAAAUUUUUUCUUUCGAAGAGACUAUAUGAUGUCAUUCUUUUAUAAUAGUGGAUAAUUCCUUGAAUUCUUUUCCCCUUUGACUUGGAGAGUGAAAUAUUUUCCAUAUUUCAAAAAAAAGUACAAAACAAUAGUUAUCAUGGUAAAUUAGUUUAUUCUUCAUCUGUUUAACUUUUUUAUACCUCAAAAAAUGGUUGUCAGGAAGAACAGAGUGUACUGAUAUUAGAUUUACAACAUAACAUGUAAAAUAUUAAUGCAUUACAAAUUUUACACUUGGAAAAUAUCAAUUGCUGCUUCAAUAAAAUUACAUAUAUGGACAUUGCACCCUCAGUAAAGGUUUACAAAUUAAAAUAAACUUCAUAAUAUGUUGACUUAAUGUUUGAAGUGUAAUAUAAACUUAAAAAUCAUAUACCAUACAGGGUGAAUUUUCUGAGUAGAAGCAAAAUUGUAAAUAUCACAUUGGCUGAUUUUCUCAAGACAAAGAAGAGUUAUCUCCCAUAAUAUAAGAGUAAAAUUUUACAACUUCUGAAAAUAAUUUACAAUGGCAUUUAUGAUUUUACUGUUUGUUUUUUGGUUUUUUUUUGUCACUCUUGGUUUUCCUUUGCUAUUCAUCUCUGAAAAAAAUAAAUAAAUGCCUAAUUCAGGAUCUCUUUGAUGUGCCAUUUUACAUUAAUUUCUGCAUUAUGUCACGUUUCCCAGUAGAAACAGGAGAAAGAUAACUGCAUGCUUCCUGCUGACAUCUUAUAUAUAGCAAUGUCUAUCCAAGUCCAUACCGUUUUUCGUCCUCACAAUGUCUUAUGCGUUGUUUAAUCUAGUGGUCUACCACACGCAGCACAACCUUUUUCCAAAUCGACCACUAGAAUUCCAAGUUCCACAACUCGUCUCCAACAAAUCAUCUUCUCAUUCUCUUCUUUCGAUUCCUCACUCUCUGAUGCAUCAGAUGGAUACGUUUCUUCAUUUCCUAGGCAUUCUUGUGAAUUAUCACCAGACGAACAAUUUUUUCUUGAUUCAUCCAACUUCUCCUCGAUCACCACGUUGUUAUUGGCAUCAACAUUCACUAUCUUACGUCCAAGGGAUAAUGCAUAACCUUUCUUAGCAUUCUGUAGCCUUUGAUGACGAUUUUUACUAAUAAUUUUUCCUGAUUUUUUCCUGAAUGAUUCUGGCAUCACAAUUGUUUACAGUGUUUACUGACCCUCUUUCCUGCUCUUAAAACACAGAAGAGUUCCAAACAACUAUAAAUGAGAAAACCAAAACCAACCAAAGUAUUUUUUUACCAUGGGAACUCUUCAGUGCUAAAGGUAGAAAAAUUUGUUUAUAUCAUCUGGCCUUAAGUUCAAACAGUGUAUUUACAUUAUUUUUUGUUUUCAAUAACAGUAGUGUCAUAUCAAUAUUUUCUAUUUUCAUUUACACAGAUGUUUGUAUGAAGCACUUGAGACCCACAAAUCUUCAUCACAAUUUUAAUUUGUAAUGAAAACUUUUUUUGAAAAAGUAAAGAUCAAAGCAAA